UUCAAAAAUCUUAUUUUCUUGUAAUAUAAAAGUGUCCCCGCCCAAGUCAAUAAUCAUCUUCUGCAGCCAAAUUCCUAGAAAUCAAAACACCACCCCUUUCCUGCAUGGUUUCCUUUAAUUAAUUUACGCAUUUAAUUCAGCAACCAAUUAAAUAUAUACACUAGAUUUGAAUAUAUCCAAAAUCCAAUACUGAGAUCUUAGCUUCAAAUCCUUUUUUUCCUUCUCUUCUACUUCAUCCUCUAUAGAUCUCCAGAUCUUGAAGCGAAGUUCCAAGAGAGUGAGGUAAAAGUAAAUUAAAGAACAGAAAAGAAAAUGGUGAAUGGUGGUAGCCAUCAUCCAGCAGAUUUUCUUCUAAUCAAACAAGAUGACAAAUUCUUCUCUAGACUUUUGUCUAAGGAAAAUACAGCAAGAGGUGAGUCUUCUUUUAGGUAUUAUUACUGUGGUGGAUCUUCUGGUUCAAUUCCAUUUGUUUGGGAAUCUCAACCUGGUACUCCUAAACAUAAAUUUUCAGAUACUUCUCUUCCUCCACUUACUCCUCCACCUUCUUAUCAAACCAAUGCCCACUUGAAAUCGUUGCAAAAACAAUCAAAACCCAAUUUUUUCCUCUCCAUUUUCCCUAAGAUUUCCUCUAAAAGAAUCACUUUUUCACCUUCACUUACUUCCCCUUCUGUUUCAUCAUCUUGUUCAUCGUCGUUUUCGAUGUCUUCCAUUCCAAUCACUGCUUAUAAUUCCAACACAAGGAACUACCGUUCGAGAUCAGAAAUUGAGGAGUAUGAUCAUGAAAAGCUGCAGAUCCCUACUUCACCAACUUCAACGCUCUGUUUUGGCUGUGGAAUGGGAAAUUCGAAGCGUUUUCGAGUCAAUUACCCGGUAAAGAAGAAUGUGAAGAAGGCGUUUUCGUCCUUUGUUGGCAAUGGUGCAGCUUCUUGAAGAUGAUAUAUCUAUUUGAAACAUGGUGUUCAUCUUGUACAUCAGUUUUAGAUACUUAGUUUAUUUUAAAUUGUGAAGUGUGCUGCGAAUUCCCUGUUUUAAAUUAUUUGCUAAUAAUCGUGGAACCGAAGCUAUGUCGACAUGUUUUUGUUUUCCUUUUGGUUUGGUGUCAAGAUUAAAGUUUGAUGCUAUUUUGUCUUUGGAACUGGUAUUAAUCCAUUUAGUUAAAGUGUGAA